UUCCCCUCAACAGCGCGCGCAAUUUUUUAAACAUUUGAAUUUUAUCAAAAAGUUUUAACUAAAUUACUUUAAAAUAGCGUAAUUUGACCUAAAAUGUUCACCAAAACGUGCGCCGAUUUGCUGCAGCAGGAAGCCCGACUGCCCGGCAUCAUAACGUUCUGCAAGGACCUGGACCACGCAAUCGGUCACUCAGGCGUGUCCGUUGGCCUGAUUACGGAGUUUUGCGGACCACCGGGCAGUGGUAAGACGCAGAUGUGUUUACAGCUCUGCGUAAACGCUAACCUUCCUUCAGAGCUUGGAGGUCUCGGAGGGAAGUCACUUUACCUUGACACGAAUUUCGGUUUUAGUCCCGAUAGAUUAAGAGAAAUUGCAACAGCAUGUGUUCAGCAUUGCCAAAGAAUAGUCCGUACUAGCCGGCCGCAGCUGGCGGAAGUUACCUCGAAAUUUACCGCGGAAAGUAUUGUGGAAAGUGUGCUCUACAAUCACGUGCACGUUUGUAACGAUUUAACCAAAAGUAUUGACACGCUGGAGAGGCUACUCAAAUUAGGGGAGAAGAUUCGACUCGUCGUAAUAGAUUCGUACUCAUUUCUGAUAAGAUGCAACAUUGAGAAUACCUUGGAACGAAUCCGGAUAGACCACACGGUAUUAAACAGGUUGCAGAUUCUCGCUCAGCAGUUCAAGUUUGCAAUCGUCCUCACAAACGACGUGACCACCAAACUGAACGGAACCGAGCCGAGCACGAUUGCCCCGGCCCUUGGCGACAGCCACGGCCACCGGAUCAACCAGCGGAUUGUGCUGGGGCAAACCGGCAGCGAGCCCGGCAUGUUUGUGGCAUCUGUAGAAAAAGGCUUUCACCGGCCUCGGAUGGCGGUCAAAUUUCAAAUCAGCUCUGCCGGAGUGCGGGGAGUUCGGAAAAAGUAACAAUCUACCUCUGGUGGAAACAUUUUAUUUCUUCUCAAACCGAUGCGAAUUCUGUGAUAAGUGUGUGCCACACAUGACUUACCCUUUUCAAUAAAUAAUUGCUAGUGCAUGCUUAA